AUGAGCAAGGACAAUCUUAAUAAAGCCUUGAUCGGUCAUUCCGUGUUAGAAGUUAAUGAUAAAAACCAUCACGACUGUGCGCGAACUUGUAUGUCAAUGUCCGUCUGUAAAUCGUUCGACUUUGACAGAAACGAGCACGUGUGUAAAUUAAACGAUGUUGACCAGUCAUCCGCUGAUCCAUUGGAGUUUGAAACAAAGCGAGGCUCUAUAUUUUCUGAUAUCAGCGAAUGGCCUAGCAAAAUGGUGGGAAGUUGUGGCUCAAGGCCAUGUAAAGCGAACCAAAUGUGUUACCAAGAUGGUGCUUCACAUGUGUGCAAAGACAUAACCUGUUCUUUUGAUCAGAAAAUUGAAAAUGGUGAAAUAGUGAUUGUCACUCCUGACGAAAACAAGUUUCUCGACGUAGCUCAAGUAAAAUGUGACGAAGGAUAUGUUCCUAGUCAACAAGAGGUGAAAUGUGAGGCUUCGGGACAAUGGCAGUCUGCAACGUGCACGAAAGAAAAAUUACCAAGUGAUUGUAAAGAAGUCCUUGAUAAGUUUCCUGAUGCUAAAAGUGGACAAUAUGAGAUAGAACUUUGGACAUCUGGGAAAAUACUGACUGUGAAUUGUGACAUGGACGGUGGUUGGACGAUAUUUCAUAGGCGAAUGGAUGGGUCAGUGGACUUUUAUCGCAACUUUACAGAUUAUGAGAAUGGCUUUGGGAACAUUGAUGGAGAGUUGUGGCUAGGUUUGAAGUAUAUACAAGAACUAGCUGAACAAGGUUCUACAGAGAUUCGUCUUGACAUGACAAGAAAUGAUAGUACAACAGGAUAUGAAACUUGCCCAGACUUUAUGUUAACAGAUGGAACAAAUUACACACUAAACAUUGGGUUAUGCACACGUUCUGGAAUGAAAUAUGCAGACAUUAGGUAUGGCUUUGCUUAUAAUAAUCAAACGCCAUUUACAACUUACGACAUGCUAAAUAGGAAAUGCGCCGAGGAGAGACAUGGAGCCUGGUGGUAUUCUGGAUGUACUUAUAUCAAUCUAAAUGGAUACUAUGCGACGCCAGGCACGUUAUGUGAAAUUCCCGGUGCCGUCAAAGGUAAUUGUGGACACUGGCAUUAUGGGAUUGAUAAACUUUUGUCAUUGAGAACGUCAUCAAUGAUGAUAAGAAGAAAAUAAGAUAAGUAAUCUACGGUGGCACAAAAGUGACAUGUGUGUAUUUUUACUUAUCUCGUGGCCCUGAGAUACUAUGUCGUGGCCACGAGAUAGCUAAGUCGUGGCCACGAGAUACGAUGUCGUGACCACGAGUUACUAAUUCGUGGCCACGAGAUAACUAUGUCGUGAACACGAGAUAUUAUCUCGUGGCCGCGAGUUACU